UUUUACUUUAGUUAUACUUAUAAGUUAGUAAUAGUAAUAAGUAAAACCAUGUUGAUCCCUUUAUAUUUAACACUAUACAUCGCCACUGUCACGGCUGGCAUUCCCUUCAAAGAUUGCGGUCAAUCUGAACUAAGAAGUGUUGAGGUUAGCGGUUGCACAACCAGUCCCUGUACUCUCCACAAGGGAAACGAGAUUACCAUUAAUAUUAACUACACCGCCAGUGCCGACACCAUUCAUACCACGUGGGAAUUGCACGCAAUAGUUGGCGGUCUUGAGAGGGAUUUGUCUCGACUUAUACCCAAAUUUGAUUCGGACGGCUGUCACGACACUCUCUGUCCUAUCAGAAAAGGAGAGACCAAGAUGUUUACCACCAAGCUCAUAAUUCCUGUCUCCACCCCUACACCCAUUGAGGGCGAUAUUAUAGCCAGACUUCUCGGUGAUAAAGUAACCGUGUUUUGUGGCACCGUUCAUGUAUUCGGGGCUACCCCUACACCCGAUCCAGUGUUUGGGGCCACUACAGUCGAUCCCGAUGUUAACCCCGCGUUAGCAUUGUAUAGUAAUCCAUGUUAUAUGGAGAUUAGCGCAGAUGUACAGUCAUGUGUUAAAAAUGCUACUGGAAUUGAUUUGGUGAAUAUGGAUGUGACUUCGAGCGAUGAAAAAGAAUGCUGCGUUAUUGGUGUCCUAUAUGAUUGCGCCAAUAAAAUCGGCCCAAUCAAUGGUGAAGCCAUGGCCUGCACUCGGGUUGUGGUCCCAGAGUUUGAUGAAACAAACUUAACUACUUUUGGUGUACCCGAUGUAAUGCGCCGGUGCUGUGCUUUAUCCGUGUUAUAUGAUUGUAACGAUAAUUACGGCAAG